AUGGGAAAAUCUCUCUGCGGCGCCCAAAAGCCCGCGGUGACCCACCGAGUUCCACACCCCGGCUUCCCCCUCGCCGCUCACCGGGGACCCCUCCAUUUAGAUCUUUCAUCCUCUACGCAAUCGUUGAUCUUGAAUCUGUCCACAACUUACACCUCUUUGUCUCACACAUUUCCAGUGAUCCUUGUUGAUUCAUCUAUCGCAAUGGGUUCUACCGCGCUGCCUUACAUGGCUACCCAGCCUAAGUUGAUCUUUUUCACUGAUUUCGACGGAACGAUCACCGUCGACGAUAGCAAUGACUUCAUGAUUGACAAUCUCGGUUUUGGCCGCGAGCGCCGCCAACAAUUGAACGAGAAGGUCCUCAACGAGACCCUUGGGUUCCGGGACGCUUUCCGUGAGAUGCUCUCAAGCAUCAAGACCCCCUACGACGAGUGCAUCGCUACACUUUUGAAGAACAUGAAGCUGGACCCAUAUUUCGAGAAGUUUUACUACUGGGCCCGUGACAACAAUGUUCCUAUCGUUAUCCUGUCCUCCGGCAUGAAGCCCAUCAUUAGUGCACUGCUCGAGAAGUUCCUCGGCCACAAGCCCGGCAACCACCUUCACAUCGUCUGCAACGAGGUGGUGCCCCGCGACGGUAAGGAUAUCAACAGCGAGGGUGGCUGGCAAAUCCAGUACCACGACGAGAGCCACUUCGGCCACGACAAGUCCAUUGAGAUCAAGCCCUACGCUGCUCUGCCUGACAGUGAACGCCCAGUUCUUCUGUACGCCGGUGACGGCGUCUCCGACUUGUCGGCUGCUGCGGAGACUAAUCUGCUUUUUGCCAAGGCUGGUAAAGAUCUGGUGACUUUCUGCGAGCGCCGAGGCAUGCCCUACACAACCUUCCAGGACUGGUCUACUAUCCUGUCGACCACUCAAGAUAUCCUUGCUGGUAAAGUGUCACCCGCUGAUGUCGCCACCAAGAGUGCAUAG